GCCCAUUGCAGAGCAAAUUCUGAAAUCUAUUGGACGUAAAGGGCAAAGAUGGAAGGCCUGACCAACCAAUGAGCUUUGAGCGUAGAGGAAGGUCUCGGGGAGGAAAAAAAAUGUGGGAGGAUGGAGACCCCGAAGACACUUCCGGCGUGUUUUUCGCUGGUGCGGUCGCGUCCUCGUGGCCUUUGCUAUGGAAGACCUGCGGUUGCUGCCGAGACAUGCUCGAGAUUUUGCUUCGUCGGAGUAUUGGGAGCGGUUCUUUCGGGAGCGAGGCGAGCGCGCAUUUGAGUGGUAUGGAGAGUGGCCAGGACUCCGAUCGACUUUGGGGCGGUACCUGCGCCUGCGGGACUCGAUUCUUGUUGUUGGCUGUGGCAAUUCAGAACUAAGUGAGCAGCUCUAUGAUGAAGGGUAUCAUGAUAUCAUCAGUGUGGACAUUAAUGAGCUGGUUGUCAAGAAGAUGCAGGAACGCAGCACACAUCUGAGACCCAAAAUGGCUUACAUGGCCAUGGAUGUACUGCAAAUGGAUUUCCCUGAUGGGCACUUCCAGGUGGUGUUUGACAAAGGCACUCUUGAUGCCCUCCUGACUGAUGGAGAAGAAACCACUCUGAAAAGAGCUGAAAGAAUGUUGGCUGAAAUCGGCCGAGUCCUGCAGUUUGGGGGGCGUUACCUGUGUGUCUCCUUGGCUCAGGCACAGGUAUUAAAGGCAGCUGUGGAAUAUUUCUCUCAGGAAGGUUGGAUGGUUCGAAUACACCAAGUCUCUGGCCAGGAAGCAGGCACUUCAGAGCAAGAAUUUGCUUUGCCUGUCUUUGUUUAUGUUAUGACAAAGAUCAGGCCGGUCCCAGGCUCUGCUUUAUGCAUUUUGGAGCUGUGUACUGAAGCACAAGAGAAACCUGCCCGGUUCAAGAACAGUGAGCAUCUGAUUGACGCGGUGAAGGAGAGACAGCACUACUCUCUGCUGCGGAGCCAACUCAAUAAGAACUCCAGUGUAGGGACCAUCUCUCUGGAUCUCUGCAGCAAAGACACUGGCCAAGCCCGGUAUACUUUACAUGUAGUGCAUAGCCCAAAGGUGAAAGUGUCACGUGACAAACAAUUUGCCAUCUUUAUCAUACCACAGGGCAGAGAAACUGAGUGGCUCUUUGGUACGGAGGAGGGACGGAAGCAGUUGGCUAUGAGUGCAGGAUUCUGGCGUCUGGUAACUGUGGCCUUGCACAGAAAUCAACACUAUGACAAUAUGGGAGCCAUCCAGGCAGAACUGUCAGAAAAGGUGAUGGAACUGGCCCCCCCUGGUCUUCCAGCCCAGCAGCAGGUGCCCUUUCUGUCCGUGGAUGGAGACAUUGGGACCCGUACCAUCCAGCAACGUGAUACUAGUCCUUUCAGUGGGGAGUAUGUUAUUGAGGAUGUGAAAGGAGAUGAUGCCUGCUAUUUCCGCCGCCUCAUCUUCCUCAGCAACAGGAAUGUAGUGCAGUCAGAAGCAAGGCUUUCAUCCAGGGUAUCCCACAAAGGAAAUAAGCAGAAACAGAAGCAGAAGAAGAAAGCGGCCUCUAGGGACCAUUUCAAACUUGGUGUUGAAGCAGCCGGUCAGGCCAUUGACAAAAGCUACUUGUGUUGUGCUCACCACAGAGCUAUGGUUGCAGGACUAUGUCUGCUGAAGAACCCUGAACACCUUCCAAAGGCUCAGAUCCAUGUGCUAGUGAUUGGCCUGGGCGGUGGCAGCCUUCCCCUCUUCCUCCAUGACCACUUCUUGCAGUGCUAUAUUGAUGCCGUGGAGAUUGACCCUGCCAUGCUGGAAGUGGCUACACGCUGGUUUGGUUUCUCGCCAGGAGACAGACUCAAAGUUCACAUUGCAGAUGGCUUAAUUUACAUUGCCAGUCUUACAGCAGAAGCUUCAUCAUCAUAUGAUGUAAUAAUGUUUGAUGUGGACAGCAAGGACUCAACUUUGGGAAUAAGCUGUCCACCACCGGCCUUUGUGGAGAAAACUUUUAUUCAGAAAGUGAGAACCCUUUUGAAAACAGAAGGCAUUUUUAUUCUCAAUCUGGUGUGUCGAGACUCCUUACUUCAAGAGUCUGUUUUGGCUGCCCUCAAAGAGACUUUCCCUUUACUUUAUACCCGGAAGAUUGAAGGGGAGGUAAAUGAGAUCAUCUUUUGCCAACAGCAGGACAAACUCAAAUCAUCUCCCAGAGACCUUCAAGAGAAAGCUCAGAUUUUGGAGAAGGCACUGCGGCGACCUGGGCAAGAAUGGGAUAGCACUUAUGUCCUGGCAGAAAUGCUAGAAACAAUAAGACUGGUUUGAGGAACCAUGUAUUUGAUGUUACUGCUAGAGUUGGAGAGAAAAGUACAGUCCGCUACAUUCUCAGGGUAAUGUGUUAUACCAGUUGCACCGCCAUAUUUACUGGAUAGUGAUUGGCCGUUAGUUGAAAAGUUGGAAGAAUAGGAAAUGCCCAUUCUUUUAUGGCUGAAUUGGAAAUCUAUCAUAGAGAGAUUUUGAUUUUGAGAUGAGGAGAUGCCAUAAAAUGCUUCUCUGGAGCAACUCCUCGCUUUGGAUUUGUCUGUUUUGUGUAGUCAUUGAAUGUUGAACAUCGGCUGCAGACGAAGAAUACCCCUUUGUCCAAACAGCUUCUGUUUUAUAUUUUGUUACAAAUAUAAGGUAGUGAAAAAGGAAGUGAAAUUUCAGAAAGUGAAAUUUCUGAAUACAAAAUGGAUCGUCGUGUUUAUAAAAAGGAAAGAACCAACUGUGAAGUAGAUCAUUUCAGUUUUAUAGGAAAGUGCGAUACUUGAGAGAAUCCCUUUGAAAGUCUGUCUUGUAUACAAAUAUAUUUGAGUUUGUUCCCGUUUCACAGUCUCUUGCACCAUACUUGUGCAUUCCUUUUUGACACUUUUAUGGGAUAAGGAUGAGGCCCUUAGAAAGUAGAAUCCUCUAGUUCCAUUUUGCAUCAUCGUCUGAGAAGCCACUGUCUAGAUAGAAGCUCCCCUGCACUGUCUUUGGGCCCCUGUGGCAGGAUCUGUUCUGUAAUCCCUAAAGCAAGAAUUGAUGACUUGGGAAGUACCAAGGAGGGGCAAAAAAAUUCUUCUGAAAGCUGCCCAGAUGGUAACAAAGGGAAAUAUGGUAUAGCCAGGCUUUACACUGAAGAAUAAAAGAUAGAAAAAAGUUUAUCAAGAUGAAAUUUAUUUUAUCUGUGUGCUUCCCACUUCAAAGUGGCUAUGGCUAGCUAAUAAAAAUGUGGAAUUUAAAUUAAGACACAAUUUUGAACUGUCUUAAGUAGGUAGCAGGCAAGGUCCCUGUGGUGUAGUGCAUUAAGGUAGAGUAGAAGAGUGUGGGUGCAAAGAAAAAGUGUUACCUGGCUUGCCAGAGCUGCUCUUCUUAGUAAGGUCAUGUCAGAUCUUGUCCAACUGGUCAGAAAAAUAAAUGCCUGGUUUUUAUUCUUCAUAGUUUCCUUAAUUUCAUGACACUUGUAACAAGAAGGUUCCUUCUAAUAAAAAAGCACAGCACAUUCUCACUAAACAUUAUGGACAGCAGAGUACUUCUAAAAUGCUAGCCAUGCAGCAAGACAGCUUCCUUUCUACUCUUCCUCCACCCCUGUCCCUUGGCAGGGAAUAAACCAGUUUCUUGGAAAAACUUCCUUUCCCUCUUCUGUCCUGUCUAAGGGAGUACCUGACUGAAAAAGCAGCCGGCUGACCAUGGUUCUAUAAGUCCUCAGCAGCCACAGUAUGAUAUCUAGAAAGAACUAUCCUCUUAACAAGAUUCUGGAUUGGAGUUGUGUGUUAAAAUGGCCAUUUGGCCUUUGCCAUCUUACCAUGAACAAUCAGCAAAGGCAGUUUCCCUGUUCAAACUGAGUAUUUUCUGGGAAAUGGAUGCUCCUUAUCUGUGAUGAUGGACCUGCUAGACACAGUACAAUAAUUGUAAAGUGCUGACUUAGACAAUUCAGGUACAAACAUGUCUCUUCUUUCUGGGGUGUUUUCAGCCAAAAAACUUCUGCUAGUAUAAACUAAUUGUUUUUUCUGCUGUAAGCAGAUUUGAAACUGAUUGCUGAAGUUCUACUUUAUCCCUCAUUAAUAGAUUUUCCAUGAAUCAAAAAAGACAAGUGGAAGGAAAAUACCUGUGUUUUUUUAACUUGUAGCUUUAAUUCAUUCAGUAACCAAAUUUUGCAGUAACCAGAGUUUGUAAUAGUAAUAGUUACAAGGGCUGUGUAGAUUUUGCAAAUGAAUCAGAAUGCUUCGGCCUUCAUGUGAGCUUAGCACCUCUCUGUUAAUUUCUUGAAACAGCCUGACAUUUUUCAAGCUUGGUUGGGAGCCCAAAAAAUGUGCCACUGCUUUAUGAGUUACAUUGAUUUUUAUAAGUAGAUUCUUUAAAGCGCAGCACCUUUAUAAAACCUAAAACUGGGAGAAGAAUGCUUUAGCUUAGAGCUGAAAAGUCAGCAACAAAAUGACUUUUCCUCCAAGAGUCUUGUAUAUAAGGGUCCCUACAACUGAAGAAGCCUUCUCCCUUGUAACCUUGUAGAUACACAAGGGAGGAAAUACCCUGCUGUAAAACCAUUCAGGGCUUUAAAGAUCAGCAGUAACGCUUUGCAUUGAGCCCUGAAGCAUACUGACCACCAGUCAGCUGAUAGAGCAUUGGCCACACAUGAACAUACUGGCCAAUCUCAGUAGCCUUGUUUUGGACUACCUGAAAUUUCUAACCCAUCCUGAAGUAAUCCCUUGGCAGGCUAUGAAAGCAGUCCUUCCUCAGAAGGGAAGUUGGCUGAAUGGCAGAUUCAGACUAUCAUUAGAAAGUCCAUCUUGAAGCUGCAUUUGUGUCAAGCUUCCAGGAUAAGUUUUAUCUAACAGAGCUAGGUGCAAGAUUCUUACUUGACUAAACCUUGAAGAAAUCAAAUAACUUAACUGAUAAGGCAGUAUCUAUAUUAUCCCAUAUUGUUAGGGAAAUAUAGGAUAAUCCCAAGUGUAUUUGCCAGAGGUUCUGCAAGACAACAUAAACAGGUUAAAUAAUAUUUUCCCCAAAAUAAUACUAUUUGGUCUUUGGGGUGGAUAUUGCUGAGACUGUGCUAGCUAUGGAAACAGCUGCUACUUAGAGCAUUUUGAAACACUGUAAAGUGUUUCACUUUGCAAGGAGAUGCUGUGAGUGCAGCCCUUAAAUCCAUAGCUGCCUUCUGGUGAGCAUAGCUCUGUAUACUACUGUGCUUUAGCCAAAUUCUAAUCCUUCAGGAGCAAAAGAAAGAAAAUGUUAAAAUAUGUUUUUGAGUAAAAGCAAUGUUGAGCAAUGUGGGCUUUGUUUCCUUGCCAUGAUGACCCAGAGUUAAUUUAACUCAAUUUUUUGCAGUUGUGCCACGCACUGAACCAUAAAGUUGGCUAACUACAUGGGGACUGCAGUAAAAUAGGAAUAUUGCAGACAACUGUUGUCACUUGAGAAGGGACAGGAUGGAGACGUUGUCAAAAAAACUAUAGUCUUAUUUGUAUUUUUGUGUACUUGCUUGCUUUUCAUCUAGAAAAGUCCAGUAUUGCUAAGAGCUGCUGCCUGUGUCUGUUCUUUCCUGCAUGUGAUGCAGAUCACUUUCCUAAUGAUCUAAGCUGGUAAUAAAUGUCUCCCAAAGGUAAUGGUGGGUACAAUAUCCAGGGUCCUGAGAAAGUUUGUAUUAAAAUGGAGAAGCUGGAUUUUUCUUCGAAAUUUAUUGUGGGGCAAGGUCUAAAUGUUUGCCAUGGAAAAAUGCCAGUCAUCCAUCCAUUGAUAUUCAGCAUUGCCAGCCUUUGAAGGAGCUUCAGGUUACCCUUCCUCUGUUUCUGGUUCCCUGCUUAGUCAACAUCUCAGUGCUUCUGCUUCAUAUACGGUAGUUAGCACUUUAAAAGAUAAAUCAGCUGUAUCUUGUCCUCACCCUGUUCAUAGCCUGACAGAAUACAGGGAACUAUUUCACUGUGGCUGGUUCAUGGUAGACUAAAAUGUGGUUCACUAGUUUAUGUUGGGUGUUGUGCAAACCCAGCCUAUAGCUACAGAAAGCCCCACCUAAGAAGUGUAUCUUGCAGUUGCUGCAUCAAACAGCAGGGUUGUUACGCUUUUAAGAAUGACGUUUGUGUCAAUACUAGCAGAUCCUGUUAGUGACUCAAUGGCCACUAGACUCCAGGGCACAGUGUCAAAUAAGAAUCCAGUAGUUAAAUAAGUGGGACCCUGAAGAAUUGUGAUAUUCUAUAAACUUAUUUUUGAUGUAAUACACGCCACUGAAAAAUAAAAAUUAAAGAAUUUUCUGACCUCCAAUCACAAGAAGAGCAGAGGUAGGGAUUUUUUUAGUAAAUUUGUAUAACCUUUUAAUUACAUGGUUUUGUACAGUUUAUUACACAAUUUAGUGUUAAAGAAGUGACUCAGACAAAAUUCUUUAUAAAUCUCAUGGGGUAGGGUGGAGAGAGUUUAGCAAUAUUUUGCCUGUUACAUUUAAAAUCUAGCAACAGACUAGAGCUGCUGGAUUGAGACAACAUUUUUAUUUAUAAUAUCAGGGCAACCAAUAGCCAUGAAUUCUGUGUACAGUUUUCAGAAGCUCUUACGUUAGUAGAGUAGACACAACAGAAAAUCUCUUACGUUAGAUAUCAUCCUUUCCAAAUAAAGAAUCCAUCUUCAAAAAUUAGUUAAGCAAGCACUGAUUAAUAUUGUAUCAUAAGAACUUGCUGAUCCCAUUGAUGUGAACUUUUAAUCUUGCUCUCAGGGCCAAACUAAAUGUUAAAUAAAAUGAAAGAUUUAAGUAUUGUUUGUUUUUCAUUUUGUUUUGUGGGAAUUUUGCCAAUUCCUGAAAGAUUGGGAAAUGGGGAAAAAACGUGAUCUGGCUGACUCAACCUUAAUUUGCUUGGUGAAUCAGUAUAAGAUAAUAUAUUUUCUCAUGAUGGAGAUUGUUUGAAAAGGUGGUUAAAUAUAUCCCUACUUUGACUUGCUAAUGUAUUAUUGGAGAAACCCAGAAGCUAAGAAAAUAAUUAGAACUAAUAUGAAUAAAUCCUCAAAAAAUCUCUUAUUCCUUUCUUGCAUAUUGCUUUGUUUCAUAGUUAGCUGACCAUAAUGGAAAGAUUAGUAUACCUAGAGAAACAGUGGAAAUACAAAUAUUAAUGCACAAAAAUGAGAUAUUUCUUGUUUUGCUUU